AUGGGGGGUUCUCAUGGGGGUCCUCACGGGGCUCAGAAUAUAGGGGACCUGUGCAGUAUUGGUGGAAUCCUCAUGGGCCUCAUGUCUGGUGGUGGACAAUGUCCCAGGAUCCUCUCUGGUGGUGAAGACGUAGCUGGAUACAAGACUCUGCUAGAUCAUCCCUGGGGUGGUUUGAGGCCUCUUCCUGUAUCUCUGGGAGGAGAUAGCGGACUCAGUCCCAGGAUCUUCUGUGAUGGUGAAGACCACAGCUUGAUACAAGAUAGUGGACUCUGUCCCAGCAUCUUCUGUGAUGGUGAAGACCACAGCUUGAUACAAGAUAGCCAACUAAGUCCCAGGAUCUUCUGUGAUGGUGAAGACCACAGCUUGAUACAAGAUAGCGGACUAAGUCCCAGGAUCUUCUGUGAUGGUGAAGACCACAGCUGGAUACAAGAUGGCGGACUAAUUCCCAAGAUCUUCUCUGCUGGUGAAGACCACAGCUGGAUACAAGAUAGCGGACUCAGUCCCAGGAUCUUCUGUGAUGGUGAAGACCACAGCUUGAUACAAGAUGGCGGACUAAGUCCCAGGAUCUUCUGUGAUGGUGAAAGCCACAUCUGGAUACAAGAUAGUGGACCCAGUCCCAAGAUCUUCUGUGAUGGUGAAGACCACAGCUUGAUACAAGAUAGUGGACUCAGUCCCAGGAUCUUCUGUGAUGGUGAGGACCACUGCUUGAUACAAGAUAGCGGACUUGGUCCCAGGAUCUUCUGUGAUGGUGAAGACCACAGCUGGAUACAAGAUAGCCAACUAAGUCCCAGGACCUUCUGUGAUGAAGACCACAGCUGGAUACAAGUAAAGCUCAUCAGCGUUUGGACAAAUUGAUGUUCUACAUCCUCUGAAGCCCCGUUAGGACAAUUAUUUCACUGCGGUAAACAAAUAUUUUGCGGCCACAAUGGCGAAAAAAAGGCAGCUGACC